AUGACAAUAAUUUUAAAUUACUACUUAAUCAGACAUAUUGUAAGUGUCAAACAUUUUGUCAGCAGUUUUAUGACACCUUUUACACUUCGGCUUUCAGAAAAGGCUCGACAAAAAAGUGGACGAAAUCACAACUCAGAACGCCUUGAUUCUCUCUUCCUAUGAAUAUGAGGGAGAAUUUUGUGUAAUCCGAGAUUAUUGGGAUCCGGAUAUCAAGGCAUUCCCGAGGACUUCGAUCACUUUAACAACCCAUGCAGCCGUCGAAUUUGCCGAUUUUAUUGAUGAGCAUGUAGGUUGUAAUCGGAAUCAGUAAUUUAUUCAGUGCCGACUGGCUCCAGACGACAAAAUUAUAGAAAAAAGUUCAACGUGAGGCUGAAUUUGGUAUCAAACAGUACCCAAGAGACACAAAGAGAGUUACGCAAUCCUUUUUAUUUGACAUGAUACGGUUUGAUAUCAAUUUCGGGUCCAUCUAAUCUCUUUUCGAUAUUCUUGUAGACCGGAGCCAGAAGGACACUUACUAUAUUCUUUACAGAAUUUUCAAUUUUUUCGAAAAAUUUUCAAAGCAACAAAAAUUUCCUUUUAGGAGAAAACCUGGACCGGCCCAAUCUCCGUCGCCAUUAUGGUGCCAAAUCCAAUGUAUACCUACAACGCAAGCGGUCAGCACGACUUCGGCACCGAGCAAUCUGUGAAUUACGCGUUUUCAGUGAGUCCUUCGCGAUCUUACAGUUUUUUUUAUUUUUAGUACGCUCUGGCAAAACUCGAGCUUCUUCAAGCAAAAAAAGCCAAUCGAAUUAGUUUGAACUUGAUGUACAAAAAAGAUGACAAAUGCCAUGAAACUCUCAAAGUCCCAUUGGUGCGACUGAAGGAAAAUCCGGUAUGCAUUUAUCGCCAAAAAAUUAAAUUGUGAUUUCCGAUAGCUAACACAAAAUUUUUAGGAAUUUAUUAGGGACUCAUUCAACUUGGUCCGCCGAUUCGCCGGGUAUCCAGCAAACUAUCUUCGCAAUUUGGCCAGAUACGGCUCAAAGACUAAUUUAAUUUUUGCCACAGAAAUCGAAAACUUUCCCAGUGAUGACUUCGAAGAGAAAAUGAGGCCACUCGCUAAUGAACUUCUUGUACAGUAAGUGUGAUUUUUUCAAAUAAAAAUUCCAUUGUUUAGUUCGAACAGAAAGUCUUUGUUACUCAUUAGAGAGUUCGAAGUGACUCUUGGAGUCGAGAUCCCAAAAAAUCGGACAAUUCUCAGGGUAAGUGACCACAGAUUUUGUAUUGAGGUCAAAUUGGGAUCAAAGAGAGCCAGAAUUUGAUGCAAAAAACAUCGCAACAGCCUUUUUCCAUCCUUGCGAUACUUUUUGACUUCAAAUUCUGGCUUCCUUUGAGUUCUUUCUGGAGCUUCUUGUAAGCCGUCCCCAAUUGUGCAUACAUUUUGCCGUUACUCGAGGGCAAUAAUCUUCGUAUCUUUUCAGAAAUUUUACAAUGACGGAUUUGUCAUCGAAUCGUACACUAUGCGCCGUCCCUCUAUGAAUCACAAGCUUCCCUAUUUGAAAGAGUGGCUGGAAACCGCACAAACUAAAAUCGUUCCAUUCAAGGUGAUUCCCUACCAAGGCAACGAUUGGGAGCCCGCGUUCGUAACCUAUCGAAAGGCAUUGCCAAAAAGUCCCGUCGAUAUUUCGGAUGUUCACCAAGACUCACGAUUUCAAGUGGAGGAAGCGUGCAGAGCGGGUUUCGAUUUCGUCAUAGUCAACGAUUUGUUUACUGUGCAUGCGGGAUUCCGGAAAACCGCGGAUCGAAUGAUUGAGGGUGCACGGAAUGACACGCUCAGGGAGAUGCUCACGGUAAGGUCUUGAUCCAACAUUAAGCAGGACUUUUUUAUCGCAUUUUCAGAGUUAUAAGAAAUUCCAAGCCCGGUUGGAUCAGCAGUAUCCAAACACAAAACCCAAAUGCCCAGAACGGCCGUCAUCAUAA